AUUGAUUUUAUUAGCUCAAUACAAUAGUCAGCAAAAUCAAAGUCUAAAUAGCUUCAAGAAACUGUUUUAACGUCUUCCGAACCUACUCGUGCCAGUUGAUUUAGUGAGUAAUUUUGUUUUUGUUUUGAAUUGCACUGUACGUAAGCAAAAAAAGGGUAACAUGUUUGGUUCUUCUCAAAAAACCCCUGUUAGGACUUGAAAUUGGGUAGUACAGGCGAAUAGCGCACAGCCCUGUUGAAGGUUGACAGCUGAACUGUCAGAGGAAAAGGAAGAAGGAAGAAGAUAAAAAAAAGUGGAUUUGUUUACUUCUGCCUAUAAAGUUUCCGCACCCGCCUACCUAAUACCCGGCCUGUGAGAGGCACUCGAUCCCGUCCCCAAUCACCCCAAUUCGAACGUCACCUCAAGACCUACGAUGGAACAUGACGGAUUUCGGAACGAGAGGGAGGAGAAGAGGAAAAAAGUGCUUGGAUUGGCCAUUGCGUCAGAAGAAACAGUUAACAGAAUUAGAUUAUCAAAGUCAGCGCAGCGCAUCGUUGUUGGCAAGUUCGUCGGAAAGUUCACAGUUUACGACGGUACGUGGUAUCGAGCUGCGCCUGAAGUUAGUGCCUCGCAGAAGUGGCCGUGCAUGCAAGUAACCCGACAGCAAGAAUCGGCCAACGCUCCGGUAUCCGGAAGAUCAUCACGUGCCGGAAGAAACGAAUUCGAGUGCGAGAAGAAGAUGUGCCCCGGACGUCGUAGAUCGCUACCAGCACCACCAACCGGAACCACCCCGGGUGACCGCGUCAAUCCUCCUCUUCAAUCGCUCGGCUGUCCUUCCUGCAGCCAGGCAACUCGUCUUCCUCUAAAAAGUAGAGCGGCGGAAUUAACAAGGUCAAGUUCUCCUUCACGGUCGCCGUAG